UUUGAAUCUAGUUUCUGUACUUUCAUCCGUCGCAUAUAAUUGCCACUUUUGCACCUCCAAACAUGUCAGUUUGUAAGCCCAGCAUUGCUCUUUGCUACACGGGCGGGCGCGUGUGGCAUAAUAAUCAUUGACUUGUGCCUCUUAUAUAACAGACUGUGAUUCAUAUACUCUAAGAGAUCUUUUUGUAUACUGAUUUGCAAUUCAUAUCGCGCGAAUGGGUGUUUCUCAUGCCUGCAAUUUGCAUCCUGCUCCGACUGCAAGAACUUAUGCGCCUGGGAGUGUGUGGCACACCUCUGUUCCGUGGCGACCUCAGGCUCCUUCCUAGCACUGAUUUCCAUGAUGAAACCGAGUACACGGUGCUCACCUACCUGGGAGGGCAGGUGGCACGCUGCGCUCACCGUAGCCGCAGGUGAGAGGAAACAUGCGAGUAUUGGUUUUGGCGCUCCAAAUGCACUCCACAUGUUGUGUGAAGUUGUUCAUAGAUGAGAGCGAGGAAAGCGGUGGAAGUCUCCACUGAGCAGGACGAGGGCGCUGGGAUGGAAAAAAGACACCGAAAUUGAUCUCGGCAUGCAUGAUGUCAGCCACGUUUGCGGCUAGCUGAGUUCGGAAACUAACAACUGUAGUUUGUUUUAACAGCCGAUCGGUUGUCCUUUGCAGAUGAACACGUACGGGAGCAAUGGUUCAAAUCCCCUUUUAGUCAUCUCUCUCUCUUCGCUUCAUUUGCGUCGUUCAUUUUUCAUUUCAUUUUAGUCAUUUUCAGUUGCACAUGAUGAAAAUGUGGCAAACCGAUGCAAUUGUCCCCCUUUUUUCUCAAAACUAAUCUAUUAUUAUGUGUUAGUUGAACACGUUAUAAUCAUGUGCAACCAAUGUACAGUCCCCUCCAAAGGUUUUAGAACAUCAAGGUCAAUUCCUUUGUUGUUGUUGUGUGCUGAAGACAUUUGGGUUUCAGAUCAAAAGAUGAAUAUGAGACCAAAGUUCGGAAUUCCAGCUUUCAUUUUGUGGUAUUUACAUCGAGAUGUUUUCAACAACUCGGGACAGAGCACCUUUUCUUUGAAGCCACCCACUUUUCGCGUGAGCAAAAGUACGGGAACAUGUGACUGAUGGGUGUUUCUAGUUGCUCAGGUGUUGCCUUUUAGAUCCAUUGAUAAAACAUGAGAUAGUGCUUGUUUUUGGCUUUGGGUUUCACCUGUGAAAACUGCAUUUGCUGUUAAGCAAACGUGAAGACCAGAGAGCUGUCUAUGGGAGAAAAGCAAAGCAUUUGGAAGCUGAGAGAAGAGGGAACAUCCACCAGAGCUAUUGCACGACCAUUGGGCAUAGCCAAUACAACAAUUUGGAACGUCUUGAAAAAGAAAGAAACUACUGGCGUACUGAGCGACGGACACGGAACAGGUCGCCCAAGCGGUUGAUGACAGAAACAGCUCGUGAGAGCUGCGAAGAAACACCCGAAGGCAUCACUGCCAACCUCCGCAGGGCAGGGGUGAAGGUAUCGCAAGCCACUGUUCCAAGAAGACUUUCAGAGAAGAAAUAUACAGGCCGUAUAUCGGCAAAAAGAAUCGGAAGGCCAGAUUGGAUUUUGCAAAGUAGUACAGAGAAGAGCCACAAGGUUUUAUGGACUGAUGAGACCGAGAUGAAACUCGAGCAAAGUGAUGGAAAGGCCAAAGUAUGAAGAAAGAAAGGAUCUGCUUACGAUCCAAAACACGCAAGCUCAUCUGUGAAGCACGGUGGAGGUCACGUCACGGCUCGGGCUCGCACGGGGGCUUCUGGAACGGCCUCGCUCGUCUUUAUUGACGAUGUCGCUCACGAUGGUAGCAGCAGCGCUAAACAUCCACGCGUUCUUCCACGAGACGUGACCGUCGGCGUCUUUCGGUGGCAAAAGGGGUUCGUAAUUAUGGAUUUGAAGAACGGGGUCGGCACGGCGAUCUCAGCUAUGAAAUUGCCGUAUUCUCCUAAUGCUUGAAAACGUCUCAGUACUUGGCAUCAGUUCGUUCAUCAAAGAAGGAAACUAUUCUUUUUUUGGUGUCACUUGUAUAUCAUUGACAAGUUCCUGUUUCCUUCAGCCGGGCGGGCGUCGUCAGUCAUCGUAGUCCAGAGGCCGCCUCCACUUUGACCGCUCAAAGUCUACCACACUUCAUGUUUUUCGCCCUUUGAUUUGAUGCAAAACGUGACGAGCACGUUGAGGAAAUCUUUCGAUCGAAUGAAUGAUUUCACAAAAUGACCUCGGAAUUGUUGAGAAAAUGUUGCUGCAGUUUGUCAUCCACGUGUGUGCGUGGUCACCGAGAUUGUGCUUUGAAAGUAAAAUGAUUACCUCUUCAUUUUCUACAUGAGCGUAAUACUCCCCGCCACCCCGAUGUCUCGCGUGUAAUUUCCAUUUCAAAUUCAUCCUGCGGGCCGCAUUGUACCCCCGAGAGGGCCGGUUUUGGCCCGCGGCCCAUAGAUGAAUUCCAUUGGGUUGUGUUGACAGCAUAGAGGUACGCCUCCGAAAAUAAGAAUAUCGUGCAUUUAGUGUCACAAUAUUACUCACAGAAAUGUUUCAUUUUCAAUCCAACUUCCUGUAGAUGGGCGGGGAGGGAACCCAAAACGGAAAAAAGGAAAUGUGUUUGUUUUUGCAACACACACAGGAAGUGGCAGAGUUGGCAGAGUUGGCAGAGUUGGCAGCUCCCUGCCCGCGUUGGAAGAAAAAGGAGCGAACGUGCACUGGCUUAAUUUCCUGUGUGUGUGUUUGAGGGAAAGGCAGCCAUGUGAGGCCGUUUGCCUUCUUCAUUUAUCUGCUGUUGACUUAACCGGCCGCCGCCGCCGCCGCCGCUUAAUUAGCAAACAGCGAUAAGGAAGCCAGCCGUCGUCAGCGCCUGCCGUGGAAAAAGGCCUUAUCGGCCUGUGUGUUUGCAGGUGUGCAUUGACGGUAAUGAUGGGAAAAGAGCAUGUGAUUGUGUGUAACGUGUGUUUGUGUGUCCUACGUGUAAUUCGUGCAUCUGGUUUAUCUAUCUAUGUAUGUGUGUGUGUGAGAUACGUGUUAGUGUUUGCUUUGUUGGGGUGUUGAGUUUGUGCACGUGUAUGUGUGCAUUUUCACUGAUUAUUUUGGUGUACAUCGGAUGUAUUUGCGUGUACUUUUGUGUGUGUGUGUGUGUGUGUACAUGCAUGCAUGUUAGUGUUUGUGUGUAGUGUACGUGUGUGGGAUUUCUGUGCGCGUGUGUGUGCAUGUGUGACUUUUGCGCCUGUGUGGAUUUUGUGUUUGUGCGUGCGGUGCUUCGGUCCACGAAGCCCGUCCCCUCUCGCCCCCCUCCCCCCCUCGCCCCCCGUGCACGCGCACAGCCAUAAAGUCGCCACAGCGGCUCAUCUCCCGCUGAGAGAGCGGAACAGUCGACAGGAAGCCGGCCGGGCGACGACAACGAGGCGGCGGGUGUCUGGAACGCGACGCACCGACAUGAGAGGCGGCGACUUUGGGUCGUGUGCGACCAAUCAAGAAGACCCAGCGGGAGUGUGACCCGGCGGCGAUGGCCGCAGGGGCGUGGAACGGCAACGCGAGCGUGCCCCGGAACACGUCGGCGGCAGACGUCCCGGCGGACGGCUCGGCGACACUGCGCGCGCUGGUGUCAGCGGUGUACCUGCUGGUGUGCGUGGCCGGACUCCUGGGAAACCUGCUUGUGCUCGUGCUCGUCAAGGCGCGCGGCUCGGGCAGGGAUCGCGCGGGGCGGCGCGCCACCGUCAACGUGUUCAUCUUCAACCUGGCGAUGACAGACCUGGGCUUCGUGCUGACUUUGCCCUUCUGGGCGGCGGACACGCUCCUGGACUUCAGCUGGCCCUUCGGCCACACGAUGUGCAAACUGGUCCUGAGCGUGACAGUGAUGAACAUGUACGCCAGCGUCUUCUUCCUCACCGCCAUGAGCGUCGCGCGAUACCGCUCCGUGGCGUCCGCGCUGCGUCCGCGCGGCGGGCGGCGGGGGCGUACGCGCUCGGCGGCCUGGGCGGCCGGCGCGCUGUGGGCGGGGGCCGCCUCGGCCACGGCCCCCGCCGCCGUCUUCUCGACGGUGCGGCGCGUGGCCGGGGAGCGCCUGUGCCUGCUGGGCUUCCCGGAAGGCGGCACCUGGCUGGCGCUGUACCACCUUCAGAAGAUCCUGGUGGGCUUCGUGGUGCCCUUGGGCGUGGUGUGCGCGUGCUACCUGCUGUUGCUCCGCCUGCUGCGCAUGCGCGGCGCCAAGCAGCUGCGGCGGCGCGCCCACGUCACCCGCUCCGUGACCGUCGUGGUCCUGUCCUUCUUCCUGUGCUGGUUGCCCAACCAGGCCGUGACCCUGUGGGGCGUCCUGGUCAAGUUAAACCUGCUGCAGUGGGACCGCGCCUACUACGUGGCGCACACGUACGCGCACCCGCUCACCGUAUGCUUGGCGCACGGCAACAGCUGCCUCAAUCCGCUGCUCUACUGCCUGCUGCGCCGAGAUUUCAGAACCCGUCUCAAAGAGAUGUUCCGGAAGGUGGCGUCGCCCGCCGCGGCCCCCCGCCGCGCUCCCGCUCGGGCCCGGGACGCGCACGCCGUCGGGAUUCCGCUCGACAACUUGGGCGACACCGAAAACUGUCAACUGUCGGGCCUCGCGGAACCCCGCGACCCGCUUGUGACGCGGGACGAACACGUCGCGUGACUCUCACGCGUGUGUCGUCGUUCGCUAUGUUUGUCUGUGUUGCUGCUCCGCGUGCAGUAGUUUGAAGGCUUACAAUUACUCUAACGUCCAUGCUAGUUUCCGUUAGCCCAUCUAUGGCGUGUCAUAUUACAUUUAAGGAUGAAGCUAGCUUACCCUUGAUAUGUUUUGCUUGGACAUUCGAUUUUCUAGAGUCCUUAUCCUGUUCGGGGUCAAAGGUGAGCUGGAGCCGAUCUCAGCUAACGAUGGGUGAAAGGUGCACUGAAUAAAAAUAACCUGACUGCUCACGGCGAAGUAGCCACAUGAUGAGACAAAACCACCCCCCUCUCCCCAAAAAGAAAGAAAAAAUACAGUUUUUCCUCCGACGCUUUGGUACAUUUCAACAUUUACAAAACAGUAAGUGCAUUUCUCAAAAGAAGUUGUACAAAAGUUGCAAAAGUUUUCAUCUGCAAGAGACCGACUGACAAGUUGCUCAACCGUUUGGCGUGUAGCGAUGGACAGUAAGCGAUGAACGGAUGCCCAAAUGUGUUCAAUUGAGAACACAAUAAAACAUUUCGAUCAACACGACAAAAGCAAUUGCUCAUGGCAGAAAAUGGUACAUCAUCAUUUGCAUCGAUUUGCAACUUGUUCAAACAAAUGAGUUUUGUUUUGCUUUCUCUGUGCGCAAGUGGCACAAUGAUGUGACGUCGUUUGGAGAAUUUCCAUUUCGGAUCCGGCAAAUACCGAAGCGACUGAGGGAAAAGCUAAAUCAGACAUUCUCGGGGCACUGAAUCAAUGACAUAUUGAUCGAUUGCCUUGUUGCAUGAACGGGUGAAGCCUGUUCAGAUGAGAGGCGGAACAUCUUCUAAGACAACCACAAGAGUCCGGUUGCGGAUUGGACCCUCAGAGAACGAAAUGACCUGGAGGAUGAAUGAGAAGGCAUGUCAACCGCAUAGAAAUAAAGUCAGAAAUGGUUGUGCAGGGGGGAAUUACUUCAGGAUGUUAUAGAAUAAAACUAGAACCCAUAUGUCAAGUGUUUCGCUUUUAUUUUUCAAACCGGAGCGGAAGUCAUCCCCCGGAAGUGUGUCGUUUCAAAAAGGAGGAACGCGAUACUGUGACGUAUUUUCCGGUCGGACGUAUUUUUCCCGUCGGACUUGACUUCCGGCGAGUCCCUCGCUAGCGAGAAGCGAGAGUGCUUCCUUGUCUUUGUCAUAACGACAUUGGACACUUUUUAAUGAACAGCAAAAAUAACUGUGCGUUUCGUUUGACGGCGAGGAACGACUUCGUGCUUGUUUUUGUUGCCUUUAAACGUCGUAUUUGUGUAGCGAAGCG